UGAAAACCUGGUUUCAUGGCAUUGCCAUGUUUCUUGUAUUUUGAAUGUUAUAAAAAAUGUCCAUUAUAUCUCUGCAGCAAAUAUGUUCCGAGGAAACUUUGUGAGCUGAGACUUGGCCAGUUUGAUGUCAGAUUUCAUGCUGAACCAUUCUGUUUAUAUCCUGGUGAGGAAUUGGUUGGAGCAGAGAAUUAUGGUAAGAGUGGAUCAAAUUACAAAACAGCAAUUAAAGCCCAGCCAGUCAUCAAAGCUGACCAUGCUAUACGUUUGAAGGCAAUACUUGACCACACUGAUGAUGAUGGUGUGGAGAGAAACGCAGGUGAUAUCUGGCAGAUUGAAGGACCAUUGAUGUAUUUUCCUACACCAAAUGCUGAAAUAGUUGAUAUCGUGGCACCAUACAUUAUACGAGCUGGCCAGGCAUUAAAGCUUAGUGCUGUACAACAAUUUACAGACAAAACUGGAAGGAAACAUGUAACUGGAGAAGAAUGGUAUGUGAACAAACCAGGUGCAUAUCUGACUGGGGUAAAUGAGGAAGUGGUCUCCAUGGAAGAGAGUGUAACUCUAACCAAGGAUACAGGACUCAAGUUACGAGCUUGUCAAACAUUCACAGAUGAGAAUGGGGUUAAAAGACUGGCCGGAGAGCAGUGGCUGUUGACAGGGGAAGAUCAGGAUGAAUAUUACCCACAGAUUGGUGUUGAGGUAGUUUCAGUGGAGAAGAGAGUAGUGUUAGCACAAGGCCAGUAUUGUGUAGUACUGGAUGUGGUGGACUCAGACUUAAAACCUCAAUAUGGCAAGAGAGAACUCAGGAAAGGCUGCUGUACCUUCUUCCUGCAUCCAGAGGAGACUCUUGAAAAUGGAAUCCAGAAUAGCUUUGUUCUGUCUGAAGACGAAGCCAUUGUGCUUAUAGCAAAUGAGGAUUUUAAAGACACAAACCAGAAAGGCAAGAAGGUCUUACGUAAAUCUGGUGAGAAAUGGAUGGUUAAUGGUCCAGUAGAGUAUAUACCUCGCAUUGAAGUCAGUGUUAUUGACAAAAGGAAGCAGAUCCCGCUGAGUAAAAAUGAAGGAAUAUAUGUACAAGAUACACAGACUGGCAGGGUGCGGGCUGUGAUGGGACCAGAAUCUUACAUGUUACAGUCAUAUGAACUUCUCUGGAAGAAAGAAUUGGAUCCUAUUGUUGAAGAAAUGCUUAAACAUGGUGGAGGAACAGGGUCAGGUGACAUCAGAAAAAUUGCUUACUUUGAACAAUCUAUUGACCCACAAUUUCUCAAGGGCCGUGACAAGACGAGGGUUGUGCAAUACAGAUGUCCUGGAAACACAGCUGUUCAAGUGAACAAUUACCUAGAUAAAACAGCAAGGGUGGUGUUUGGUCCAGACCUGGUUAUCCUAGGACCACAUGAAAACUUUAGUGUUCUAAGUCUCAGUGCUGGAAAACCGAAAGUUUCCAAUGCAAUGAAGUCAUUAUGUCUUAUGUUGGGUCCUGAUUUUAUCACAGAUAUUAUAGAGGUUGAGACAUCUGACCAUGCUAGACUUAGAUUGAAAGUUGCUUUUAACAACCAUUUUGAGUAUGAGAAAGGUAACAAAGAAAGUGAAUCAAAAGUGUUUGCAGUUCCUGAUUUUAUUGGAUUUGCAUGUCGGCAAAUAGGUAGCAGGAUUAGAGCUGCUGUAGCCUUGAUACCUUUUGAUGAAUUUCAUCGUCAUUCUGCUCAAGUCAUACAACAAGCUGUGUUCAGAGAUCCAGUUACUGGGGCAACCUAUCCUUUCCUUAAAUUUGAUGCUAACAAUCUGGUGAUCUCAUCAAUUGACAUCCAGAGUAUUGAACCUGUGGACAAGAAGAUGAGUGACAGCCUUACCAAGUCUAUACAAUUAGCCAUCGAGAUUUCAACAAAGUAAAAUCAUUUAUCCUGCAUGUAUACUUCUUAUAGAAACCUUGAACUAAUUUUUUUCUCCACCAUUUCAAUUUCUGGAUUUAAGCUUCACUUUCUAAGGAGUACUUGAGUUAUCCUGUACACUACAUUGGCUCUUGCUUGGUUCAAGUUUAGUGUACAACUCUGUAUCUAUUUCUGUUCUCUGACAAUUCACAUGCCCUCGUAAAGAUAUUUGUAGGUCAUUAUCCAAAACCCAUAACUCUAGUAUGCAUUUUGAAAGAAAUAUACCCCUCUUAAA